AUGGCUGCCACAGCAUCGACAAUAAAUACUCAAGACUCUGAAAGUCUAUUAGCAGCUGCAAUGUCAGCAAUCAUAGGCAUCAAUGUACAACCGUCCAAUAAAAAUCCAGACUCAACAUUUAAAAUUUCUCUAUUCGAUUAUCAUGAUAAAACAUACUUAACCGGUCCAGUCGGUGGCAUAUCAUCAGUUAGAGAGAACCCAAUAACACAGAUGACAGAUGGUAGGAAAAAUAUUUCUUCGUCCUCAGUUGAGAUAGAUGGAAUAUGGUUUUCAAAAAACGCUCAAAAAAUGCCGGAUAAAUCGAUUCAGAUAUUUAUAAAAACAUUAACUGGCAAGACUAUUACGUUGGAAGUACUUCCAAAUGAAACUAUGGAUGAAGUCAAAACUGUAUUACAAGACGCAGAGGGUAUACCUGUCGAUCAGCAACGUCUAAUAUUUGCUGGAAAACAGUUAGAAGAUGGUAGAACAUUAGCUGAUUAUAAUAUACAGAAGGAAUCCACAAUACAUCUAGUGCUUCGCUUGCGAGGUGGCCAUGAAGCAAUUCUGGAUCCAUCAACUAUGGAUCCAUGUUACAAUUAUGAUUUUACGAAUAUAAAAGAUGAAAAUAAAAAAUUUACACGAGGUGGAGAAAAGUAUGUUCGUCCUUGUGGAUGGAAACGUUAUGCCAUAAAAGUAUCUGAUAAAUAUGAAAACUUAGUGUGGUUAGGUAAAACCAACAAUCCAGGUGAAUGGUCUGUAUCAUAUCAUGGAACUGGUCAACAUCAAGCGAGAACUAUUGCAAUGGAUGGUUUUGAUUUAUCAAAAGGAAAAAGAUUUGCAUAUGGACAUGGAGUAUAUUCAACUCCAGAUAUAAAUGUAGCAACAAAAUAUGCUAACAAAUUUUCAUUCAAAGGUGAUGAUUAUUUAGUUGUAUUACAAAAUCGUGUUAAUUCAACAACAUUGGUAAAAAUAUCAGCUGAUCGAACUGGUGUAGGUGAAUAUUGGGUUAGUCCUAGUGACAAAGAUAUUCGUCCAUAUGGAAUUUGCAUUAGAAAAUUAUAA